GACCCUGCUGGUUCGUCGGAUCCCGUCACGCGUCGUGCAGUUGUGGACAUCAUACGGGGAUGGAGUAGAGGGAAGUAUGGGUCCAAGUGAAGAAAAAACGGUCGACAUUUAUCGUGACACAUGGGUCCGCUUUUUAGGCUAUGCCAAUGAAGUCGGGGAGGCCUUCCGUGCUCUGGUGCCAGUGAGCUUUGUUUGGGGUAGUUAUGCUGUGGCCACUGCUUAUGUUACCGCAGAUGCAGUGGACAAAGGCAAAAAAGCAGCUGUGGCCCACGGAGACAAUCCAGGGAAGACGACACGAGUGGCCGUAGCGGUCGUGGACACGUUUGUGUGGCAGGCCCUGGCCUCUGUAAUCAUCCCGGGCUUCACUAUUAACCGGGUGUGCGCAGCGUCCCUGUAUCUGCUGGGCAAGUCCACCAAGUGGCCUCUGCCUGUUCGCAAGUGGACCACCACAGCUAUUGGGCUCUCCACCAUCCCCUUCAUCAUCACUCCAAUAGACAGGUCAGUGGAUUUCCUGCUGGACUCGAGCCUUAGGAAGGUCUACAAUGAUGGAAAGAAGCACGAAUAAAGAGGAUCAUGCAGACUGGAAGCACACCAGCCUGCAAACUUGCACCAAUUAUGCAGACACUCUGGAACGCAGCCAUUUCAUGGUGCAAGAUUUCAAACUCGCUUGGUGAUAUAACUGUAUUACCAUAGUUUUUAUGACAGAGCUGGAUAUUUAUGUACAAGGUUAGGUGAUUUAAAGGGAAAUCCUGCUCCAAAGCAGGCUCAGUUUUAUCCUCAGGGCAGUGUGGGUUAUAUUACCAAAAUAAAUCUUAAUGAGAAUGUAGUAAUAUAGAAAUGACACAACAUCUUCACUUUACCUGCUUGUUUAGCUUAGAUAUAAUAAAUUCCUAGAAGACAAAGAAAACUUAAAAUGUUGCCAUCUUUCAAAAGAGAAAUGAGUCUUUUUACUCUGGCUUGUGAAGCAGCUCUUAAUAUCUAAACAUCAAGGUGCAUUUGUAUCAGUGAGCUCUUAGUGUGUUAUAAUUAGCCAUAUUCAAUGGCACUGUAGUAUAAUGGCAGGUCAAUGAGCCAGGUCACUGUCAAAGGUUUCUGUUACUGAAAAUAACUGCAGCACUUAAGAGAUGUUACUUGGUGCACUUUUUCAAACUUUUUUUUCUUUUGAAGGUUAAUGAGCUUUCACUGACAGCCUUCUUUUCACAUUAGUUCCAGCUUCUUUGAUUCUAUGCACUAUAAAAUCAGUUUACGGUUAGAAAUAGCAAUUUUAGAUCAUUUAAUACUGUAUACAGUACUGAGUUUUAUAUCUACUGUAGGUAUACUCUGCCUGAGCUGAUGAAAAAGCAAAACUGUGCAAUUUGACUUUACCUCCAAAGGCUGGGCAUUGAAAUCACAUUUAGUUUUUCAGUUCUCAGAUUAGGUACAUUAGACAUUAGGGAAUAGUAAUCUCUGAAUAGAUAUCAGGUAUGAAUAACACAUUUUAAGAUGCUGUUUGCCAAGACUGUGACAAUUUAAGUCAGAUGCUACAAUUCAUCAUGAGCUAUGCAAGGGAAACUUUGUGUGUAUAGAUGAGUUUAAAAUUGCAAGGAUUGUUUCCUGCAUUUAAAAAAAUCCUCAAUUUACAAAUAUUUAGAAAUCAAGAAGGGAAAUCUGAUAACAAGAACUGCAGGCAGCUGGGAAUACCGUACGCUAGGCCAUCUGUUUAAAGGGGCAGUAUUAUGUAAAAUCAACUUUUUUGAAUUUUAUACCGUGUUCUAAUUUUAUUCCCUAAUCAAAAACAUACCUGGAGUGUUGCUUUGAUUCUUUCAUUUAUGUUUGAGCAAUCCUUGAAUCUCAAGCGACAGCCAAUCGGGUGUGCAAAACGCUUGGUCUCACUGAUCGCCUUUUCCAUGCAGCCCCUCCUUGCAGCUGCAAUCUCCAAGCAGAACUUCCGCCUCACAGAGCACCCAUUCCCCCACUCGGUUCCUCCAGACUAGUCAGCAGCAAUUAGCAAACACGUAGUGGAAGUGCUCAUCUUCUGAGCUCAUCAUAGGAGCUACUUCUCAGUGCAACGCUCCUAAGAUCGACAUUAAAGGCUUAAUGGAAACAUGUUGUUGUGAUGACUUCCUAAAGACGGAGGAUCAGAAAGAGCAGGAGUUUCUUAAAGAGACAGAGGCCCAAUUUCAAGGUAUGACUUAAAUUUCUUUUAAGUCAUGUUUGAUAUUUAUAGCAUUUUUAUAACUGAAGAUAACAUAUUUACUUAAUUGUGCUAUAAAAUUACACUAUACCCACAAAAUAUAUUGUACUGCCCCUUUAAUAUGUCGCCUCUUGUUUUCAUUUCCGUUUAUUCUGUUCAUGCAAAAACUUUGCUACAAGUUUGGGUGUCGACAUCAGCAAUUAGCACAACUUUGUCUUGGGCCGACUUGACAGCAUUGAAAUAAAUGUCUUUAUUGUACUGACCAUUUUACACAUUUAAGCACACAUUGUGUUCUUUAUGCAUAAGUACAUUUGCCAGACAUUUUAAUUCAUCAAAGUAGGAAAACUAGAAGCUCCAAGUCCAAUUGCAGUAAAUUCAAACUGAGCCACAAUAUUUGCUAUGUUUUUAUUCGACCUUUCCUGAUAUGAUGUUAAAAUGUCUGCUACAAACAAAAAAACAUUGAUAUUCACGUGAUAUUUUAAAAGGUUUUAGAAAUUGUAUUUCAGAACUUUUUACUUUUUGAUGUGACCUUGAGUCACAUUUUUAGCCUUAGCUGAAAAGAAAUGUACAGUUUGUUUUGUUGCUGUUGUUCACAUUGUGGGGACUCAGAUCUGACAUAUAAAGUUAAAUUCAUUUGUAUGACGAACAUGUGCACAAUUCAUAUUCUGUUGUUUUUGGGCCGUGGGGAAAUAAAAUAUGGACUGUCUGAAAUGU